AUGAUGAUUAAUUACGCUAAUCCACAAAAUCCCAACCAAGCUCAAGAAGCUAGCGACGGACCUAAUCCAAGCCAAAAUUCAAUUGAAGACAAAACUCAAGAAACAAACGAUAAUGAUAGUUAUGAUUAUACAGAUGAUAAUGGAAAAAAUAAAGGCGUUUGGUAUAAUGCACGAACAAAAUGUUGGUUAGCAUGUGUAAAAGGAAGUGGAAGACAUCUUCGGGUAUUUUCAGUAAAAAAACAUGGAUAUAAAAAAGCAAAACGAUUAGCAGUUGAAUGUAAAAAUGCAACAUUUUACAAUUAUAAUAAUAAUAAUAAUAAUAACAAUAAUAACAACAAUAAUAAUAACAAUAAUAACAAUAAUAAUUCAAUAUCAAAUGAAAUAAAACAUGAAAAUCAAGGGAAUCGUUAUAAUAGUAAUGAAGAAGAUAAUAAUAAUAAAAUUGAAGAUUCUAGAAAUAUAAGAGAACAUAGGGAAAAUUAUAAAAUGUCUAAUAAUGUAAAGUUUAGAAAUAAUGAUUAUAACAAUAUGGAUGAAUAUAUAAAUACAAAAGAAAUGAAAUAUUCAAAAAAUAAAAAAAUGAAUAACGGAGAUAUAUAUACACAUAUACCAUAUGAUGAUAAUACUAAUUUUUCAAAAAACAAAAUAUUAAUUGAAAAUAAUAAUAUAAAUAUUAAUGAUGGAAUAUUAAAUAAAAAAAGAAGAUAUAAUACUAGACGUUGUAAUUAUAAAUAUGGUAAUGGUGUCGAAAAAAAUCAAGAAGAUGGAAAUGGUGAUAUUUUAGGAAAUAAUAUGAAUACAAAUGUUAAUAAUACUAAUGCAAAUAUAAAAUUUUUUAAAAAUAUAAAUGAUCUUAAUAAUGAAGAAAAUGAAGAAUAUAAUAAUAAUUUAUAUUCAAUUUUAAAAGGUGAUGGAAUAAAUAUUAAUACUAUGGAUGAUAAUAUAUAUGGAAAACAUGAUAACAUUUAUGAACACAGAUUAAAUAAUUGCCAAAUAGAAAAUCAAAAAAAAAAUAAUAAAAUUAAGGAUAAAAUAAGUUGUUUAGUAAAAUCAAACAAGUCUAGUUUUACUGCUAUAACAGAUGAUCGUAAUAAUCAUCAUCGUAAUUUUCCAGCCAAUUAUAAUAAUAUUAACAAUAUAAAUAUUAUGAACGGCAAUAAAAAUUUUAAUUAUCCUGGUAAUAGUAAAAAUAACAAUAAUAUAGAUAAUCGUGUGUGUAAUACAAAUGUUAUAGGUAAUAAUAAUUGUUUAAUUACUGAUAAAGAUUUUCAAAUUGAUUCACCUGAACAAACAAAUGAAGAAAUGAUUUUUAUAAAAAGUGGUAAUUAUGAUUAUAAUGAAAAUAUAAGAAAAAAAAAUAAGUAUAAUAAUGAAUGUGAAGGAACUUUUAUUUUUUCACAUGAAUAUUAUUCAGAUUAUGGUAAUAAAAAUAAUGAAGAUGGUAAAACAAAUUUUAUAGAUCUAACUAGAGAAGCUUUAGCAUUAAUAUUGAAAGAUUUAAAAAAAAAUGUGAUUCCAAAAAUUCCGGUGGGAAUUGAAAAAAGAGAAAGAUAUUCAAAUUCACUUCGAUUAUGUUUAAAGAGUGCUAAACUAACAAAACAUAUUAAUGAAUUAGAACCAUAUCUUGAAUUAUUUAGUGAAUGUAUUAAAAAUAAUAAACUUCCAAGUCAUAUGAAUUUAAAUGCUCAAUUAUUUUAUUUAGACAAAUUAUAA